CGUGACCUCACCGAGCGCGUCGUCGGCGCCGCGGCCCAGGGCGCUUCGAGCCGCACCAGGGGGCCUCCGAGACGAAUACAAAAUAAUAUCAUGAACAACGACGACAUUUUGUCCAUGUUCGACCCCGUGCGAGCCUCGCCAGCUCGCGCGCAACCGAACCUCCCGCAAUCCGACGAGCAGCAGUUCGCGAGCCUCUGCGGCGUGGACCUCGCGACGGCCGCCGUCCACAUCAACGCCGCGCGCGCGCGCGGCGCGGGCCUCGAGGAGGCCGUCGACGCGUUCUACUCGAACGGCGGCGCGCACGUGCGGCCGGACCCGGCGCCGCCGGCGCCGCGGCCCGCGUCGCGGUCCGACGCCGAGGUCGACGCGGACGCGGCGUUCGCGCGCGCGCUCGCCGAGGAGGACAAGGACCGGUCCGGGCGGACGCACGCGAUCGACGAGAUCGUGCGCCAGCUCGAGGACAUGGGCUUCGGCAAGGCGAUGGCGCUCGACGCGGCCCAGGAGUGCAAGACGCUCGAGGACGCGACGCACUUCUGCCUCAACGGCGGCGUCGCGCCGUCGACCAUGGCGGCGGCGCCCCAGGCCAUGCCCGUCGCCGUCGCCGUGCCCGACGGCGCGCCGCCGCGCGCGCCCGACGGGCCGGACCCGGCGGCGUGCGCGCGCGUGCUCAAGGUCGGCCGGCUCUACAAGCUGUCGCGCGCGAACAGCCUGCGGGGCGCGCGCUGGCAGAAGCGGACCUUCGCGCUGCGGAACUGCGAGCUCGGCUACGGCCCGAACGACGCCGCGGCGCAGUCGGGCGAGGCGAUGAAGGGCGUGCCCAUCUGGGGCUGCUACGCGCUCAAGGAGCCGCCGCACCAGGGCAAGGACCACGUCUUCGCCGUCUACAGCGGCGCCGACGGCGGGCCCGGCGCGCCGCGCGCGACCCUGGCCAUGCUCGCGGCCGACGACGCCGCGACGUGCGCCGAGUGGCUCCGCGCGGUCUACGCGGCGUCGGGCCGCACGGGCAUGCUCCUGCGCGUCGGCGACGACGCCGUCGCGUCGACGCUGCUGUGCGUCUGCGCGGCGGAGCCCGGCGACGUGUCGGCGAACUUCGAGGCCGGGGGCAACGCGACGGGCAAAGUCGUCGUGAGCCGGUGCGCGGGCGGCCUCGCGCGCGUCGGCGUCCGCGUCGGCGACGAGCUCACGGCGCUCGACGGGAACCCGCUGCCCUACAUGGAGGCCGCGCCCCUGGGCCGCCUCCUGGCGACGGCGCGGCGGCCCUUCGAGCUCACGAUCCGCCGGCCGCGCAACGCGCCGUCGGCCGGCGGCGCCGCGCCGCGCGCGCGGCCCGUCGCCGCGCCCCAGGAGUCGGAGAUCGACCUGCUCGGCCUCGACACGCCGACGGUCGUCGAGCCCGUGCGGAGCUUCGACUUCGACGCCGCCGCCGCCGCGCCGCCGCCGCCGCCCGCGCCGCCGCUCUCGCCGCCCGCGGCCGCGGCGCCGGACCCCGUCGUCGGCCUCGUCGCCAAGGCCCUCGACCACGACGCGCGCGGCGGCGCGGCCAAGGCCCGCGGCGACGCGCGGUCCGCCCUCGCCGAGUACCGCGCCGUCGUCGACACGCUCCUCGAGGCCCAGCCCCUCUACGCCGCGGACGCGGCGACCCGCGAGCGCGUCGCCGCGCGCUUCCCGGGCGUCUCGCUCGCCGCGCUCUACGACGCCGCCGUCGCCAACGUCCGCGACGCCGAGGCCAAGGCCGCCGCGGCCGCCGCGCCGCCGCCGCCGCGCGCGCCGGAGCCCUACGCGUCGCCGCCGCCGCAGCAACAGUACGCGCCGGCGCCGCCGCAGCACCAGUACGCGCCGCAGCAGCAACCGCCGCCGCCCCAGCACGUCGACCCCUUCGCGGAGCUCCCGCCCGCCGCGGCGCCGCCGGUCGUGGCGCCGCCGCCGGUCGUCGCGGCGCCGCCGGUCGUGGCGCCGCCGCCGGCGGAGCUGCCGCCGCCGGACCCCUUCGCGGGCGUCCCGGCGCGGCAGGAGGCCUACGACGACGCGCCGCCGCCCGCGUCGCCGCCGCCGCCGCCGCCGGCGGUCGAGGAGGCGCCGUCGGCGCCCGCGUCGCCGACGAACCACCGGCCGUGCAUGGCGGCCUUCGAGUUCGUCGCCGGCGAGGCGUGGCAGCUCUCCGUCGGCGCCGACGAGGACCUCCUCCUCAUCGAGACCCACGCCGACGGCUGGUCCGACGUCGUCAAGGCCGACGGCGCCCGGGGCAUGGUGCCCGCGAGCUACAUCGUGCCCAAGUGAGCGGCGCCCACCGGAAUCACAUGUAUGUCGGAGUAAUAGAGUAAGGUG